CCCACGGGACGCCUCGCCUCGCCGCCCCGUCCAGAAGUGGCUCCACCCAGAAACACUGUGUUGAUGCCGUCCGUUCCCCUCUCCGACUGAUAAAACAAAUUCAAAAGUUUUUUUGUUUUUUGUUGUUCCGAAAGGCGCUUCUAACAUGGCUUACACCACAGCAGGUGGGACUAAGAAGAAGGUCUGCUACUACUACGACGGUGACAUAGGAAAUUAUUACUAUGGACAAGGCCAUCCCAUGAAGCCACAUCGCAUCCGGAUGACUCACAACCUUCUUCUAAACUAUGGACUGUACAGAAAAAUGGAGGUCUAUCGACCACACAAAGCCACUGCGGAUGAGAUGACAAAGUACCACAGUGACGACUACAUAAAGUUCCUCAGAUCCAUACGGCCAGACAAUAUGUCUGAGUUCAGCAAGCAGAUGCAGCGAUUCAACGUCGGGGAGGACUGCCCUGUGUUUGAUGGCUUGUUUGAGUUCUGCCAGCUAUCUGCAGGGGGGUCUGCUGCUGGUUCAGUGAAAUUGAACCGACAGCAGACGGACAUUGCAGUGAACUGGGCGGGAGGACUCCACCAUGCAAAGAAGUCUGAAGCUUCAGGCUUCUGUUAUGUGAAUGAUAUUGUCUUGGCUAUCUUGGAGCUACUCAAGUACCACCAGAGGGUGAUUUAUAUUGAUAUAGACAUUCACCAUGGAGAUGGAGUAGAGGAGGCUUUUUAUACCACAGACAGAGUCAUGACGGUGUCCUUUCAUAAAUAUGGGGAAUACUUCCCUGGAACAGGAGACCUCAGGGACAUUGGAGCUGGAAAAGGAAAAUAUUAUGCUGUCAACUUCCCACUGCGGGAUGGCAUUGAUGAUGAGUCCUACGAGAAAAUCUUCAAACCUGUGAUGGCCAAGGUGAUGGAGAUGUACCAGCCCAGCGCCGUGGUGCUUCAAUGUGGUGCAGACUCUCUCUCCGGGGACCGCCUCGGCUGCUUUAACCUCACCAUUCGAGGUCACGGCAAGUGUGUCGAGUACAUAAAGUCAUUUAACCUUCCGCUGCUGAUGCUUGGUGGAGGAGGAUACACCAUCCGUAACGUGGCUCGCUGCUGGACUUAUGAGACAGCCGUGGCUCUGGAUUCAGACAUCCCUGAUGAACUGCCAUACAAUGACUACUUUGAGUACUUUGGACCUGACUUCAAGCUACACAUUAGCCCCUCCAACAUGACAAACCAGAACACACAGGAGUACAUGGACAAGAUCAAGCAGCGGCUGUUUGAGAACCUUCGAAUGCUACCUCAUGCUCCAGGGGUUCAAAUGCAGCCCAUUCCAGAGGACGCUGUCCCAGACGAGACAGUGGACGAAGAUACUGAAGACCCUGACAAACGAUUGUCCAUUCGUGCUACAGAUAAGAGGAUAGCCUGUGAUGAAGAGUUUUCUGACUCUGAGGAUGAAGGGCAGGGGAGCAGGAGGAACACAGCCAAUCACAAGAAAGGAACCAAAAGGCCAAAAGUUGACGAGGACAAGAAGGAGAGCGAGGAGAACAAAGCAGAUGUUAAAGAAGAGGACAAGACAAAAAACAGCGGCUCAGAAAAUGCUGAAUGCAAAGGUACUGUGAAGACCGAGCAGACCAGCAGUGCCUGAAGUCUUCAUGUUAACCAUGUUUAACCCCACCGGUGAUGUCCAUUGUCAAGGAUCCGUCUCUUUGCUGAGAUAUUGUCUGAAACACUCUAUUUAUUGUGAUUCUCAAGUUUUCUAACUUGUCUCUUGUAGGCCACCAGCAUUCACCUUUUAUUUUUGUCAGGCAUGUUUUGAUGUGUUUUCAGAUGGUAACAUGAGUCAGUUUCUUUCAGGAGACUAAGGGUGAACUCUUAGACGAACUUAUCCAGCUUCGAUUGAUAUUUUCAUAUUUUAAACUUGUCAAUAAAACUUUUUAUACUGUU